AUGAAAAGUUUGAAAGGUAAGAUAUAGAGGAGAAUUUAAUGUAUAUCUGUACAUCAGUUUUCUCAGACAUUAUGAAAAGUGCUUGGGAAAUCAAAAAAUUACCUCCCUAAAGUACCAUAAUGCUUUUAUUAUCUUCAAUUUUUUUUCUUGUUGGUUUUUAGUCAAAAAUAUUUAUUAAUUUAAAAAAUAUCAAAUAUGUUUAAUAACUUGUUUAAUAUUAUUUAAGUAAAUAAUAAAUAUAAUAUACUAAUUGUUUAUUUAUAAUUAUUAUUUAUGACGUUGUUAUUUAAUUUAUUUUGUGUGGAAAGUGGCGUGCCCAUCGCUCAGUGUACCUUAAUAAGUACACUGCAAUAGCCCUACCCUGACCUUAAGUGGUUGGGGUAGUCUGGUCCUCCAGGUUGGGGGUUUAGCGCAGGGUUAACAACCUUGCCUAGUAAAACAAGUUUUGUUCAGGACCCUAACACCAAGCCUCGGGAUAGAUUAUUUGGAAAAAAGACUGGCAACUGGAAAUCGGAUUUAUUUUGUGGUACUUGGAAUUUACAAACUUUAUUUAAACAAGGAGCAGCAGAGAAAUAUAAAAUAAGAUGUAUUGCCCUGCAAGAAGUGAGAUGGGAAGAUGCAGGAUCUAGUAAAAUUUCUAAAAUAAACCAUCAUUAACGGAAAUAGUGAACAAGGACAUAGAUUAGGGAUUGGUUUCGCGAUACAUGAAUCAAUAAUCUACAUGGUGAAGGACUUCAGGGAUAUUAGUCCAAGAAUCUCCAUGCUAACACUAAAGACCAGAGAUUUUUGAAUAGUUCUAAUUAAUGCUCAUACNAUAUUAGAAAGUAAAUAUAUUUCUGAACGUUUACAUCAUUGGAUUUCAUUUACAUCAAGGACUUCAGGGGUAUUAAUCCAAGAAUCUCCACGCUAACACUAAGGACCAGAGAUUUCCGAAUAGUUCUAAUUAAUGCUCAUGCACCAACCGAAGAAAAAGACAAUGAAGAGAAGGAAGAGUUCUACUCUACACUAGAAGACAAUGGAUACAGCAGUUGGUGAUGUUAAAAUAGUUCUAGGGGAUUUUAACGCUAAAAUCGGUAAGGAAGCGCUGUAUAGAGCGGUAAUUGGGACACAUAGCCUAUAUGAGGUUUCGAAUGACAACGGUAUGAAACUGAUUAAUUUUGCAGUAGGAAAAGGACUAUGUUCCCUCGCAAGGAGAUUCCUAAGUACACAUUGGUAUCACCUGAUGGAAAAUAUAAGAAUCAGAUAGACCACGUUCUGGUAAAUGGGAGGUUUAGAAAUGGAAUUACUAAUGUUCCAACAUUACGUGGGGCAGACUCUGAUUCUGAUCAUUUACUAGUGGGUUUUUGGGUACAUAUAUAG